AUGAGAUUUAGAGGGGAAUGGACGAAUAGUUAUAAACCUGAUUUGCAACAGAGCAGAGGUUGUCUUGGAUGUUGUCCUAAACCCCCACUGGUAAUUGCUGUGGAUGAGCCAUCAAAUGGACUGAGAAUUCCAGGCCGAAUGGUCAAGAAACCAAGCAUUUUGGAGGAUUUCUGGAGUACUAGCACUUAUGAGAUGGACCAUAGUGCAUCUGCGUCCCAAAGAAGUGUUCCUUCAAUGAGCACAUCAAAUCUGCCUCCAGAUCUCCAUGCUAGCGGUGGCAAUGCGAGUAACCCAACUGAAUUUGUGAAUCAUGAUGUAAUGCUCAGAAUAUCCUCUAGGACACUAGAGAAUUUUGAACAAAACUCAUGUAUCACGGAUCCCAUGUUGGAUAAGGUGAAAAGGGUGGACUAUUCUCAUGGGCCUGGAGUUGGAGGCACUAACUCACCACAAACCUAG